GGCUGCCGGCGCCGGCCGGGCGCGCCGCCGCGGAAGGAGCCUCUCCCCGCCCGCCGUCCACGGCCGUGCUGACGGGGGUUGUAGUCGGGAGCCGCCGCCCGAGGACUACCGGUCCCAGGGAGCAGCGGGCGGGCUCUGUCAGGUGGCGUCCAACAUGGCUUCCCCGUGCCCGCCGGGGCCCCGGCCAGCGGCCGUGCGGGGCUGCUGAGCGCUGUCGGGGCGGCGGCGGCGGGCGGACCGGUACCGGUACCGUCAUGCAGAAGAUCAAGUCUCUGAUGACCCGCCAGGGUCUAAGAAGUCCUCAGGAGAGUGUUCAUGACCUCAGUCCUAUCGAAAGCUUUCGGAUUCCUAGUAAGGAGGAGCUCAGAGAACUACGUGAAGAACCAACUGAUCCUCAAGCUCAGCAAGAAAUAAUUAACAGCAUUGAAGAAGUUUAUUUUUCCAAUGAUUCCUUUGAUAUUGUGAAGUACGAGUUAGAGAGGCUUCCUCCAGUACUUAGUCUUCAAGAAUUGGAAGAGUACAGAGACAAAUUAAAACAACAGCAAGCUGCUGUAUCUAAGAAAGUUGCAGACUUGAUUCUUGAAAAACAGCCUGCAUAUGUUCAGGAACUUGAACGUGUUACAUCAUUGCAGACCGGCCUUCAGUUAGCAGCUGUUAUUUGCACAAAUGGAAGAAGACACCUGAAUAUAGCAAAGGAAGGCUUCACACAAACUAGUUUGGGGCUUCUUGCAAAUCAGAGGAAACGACAGUUGCUUAUUGGACUGCUAAAGUCUCUGAGAACAAUAAAAACACUGCAAAGAACUGAUGUGCGUUUGAGUGAGAUGUUGGAGGAAGAGGACUAUCCAGGAGCUAUUCAGCUGUGCUUGGAAUGCCAGAAAGCUGCCAGCACUUUCAAACACUACAGUUGUAUAAGUGAGUUGAAUUCAAAACUGCAAGACACCUUGGAACAAAUAGAGGAACAAUUGGACGUAGCACUCUCCAAAAUAUGCAAGAACUUUGAUAUCAAUCAUUAUACAAAAGUUCAGCAGGCUUACAGGCUGCUUGGAAAAACACAGACAGCGAUGGACCAGUUACAUAUGCACUUCACUCAAGCCAUUCACAACACUGUGUUUCAAGUAGUCCUUGGAUAUGUGGAGCUGUGUGCAGGAAACACAGACACCAAGUUUCAGAAGUUACAGUACAAAGACCUCUGUACACAUAUUACAUCAGACAGUUACAUUCCAUGCCUUGCUGAUCUCUGCAAAGCCCUCUGGGAAGUCAUGCUCAGUUACUACCGAACGAUGCAGUGGCAUGCGAAUCAUGACCAAGAUGAGGCAGCAGCGGUGUCUUCUGUUUCAGAUGGCAGCAAUGUGAUUGGAACUGAAGAGAACAGUUUUGACCGCAGCUAUGUAAAAAAGAAAUUGGAACAUGGACUUUCACGAAUAUGGCAGGAUGUUCAGCUGAAAGUGAAAACAUACCUCCUGGGAACAGAUCUGUCUAACUUCAAAUAUGACGACUUCAUAUUUGUACUUGAUGUUAUCAGCAGGCUGAUGCAAGUUGGAGAAGAAUUUUGUGGCAGUAAGUCUGAAGUUUUGCAAGAAUCUAUCAGAAAACAAAGUGUUAACUAUUUCAAAACAUACCACAGAACCCGUCUUGAAGAAUUAAGAAUGUUUUUAGAGAAUGAGACUUGGGAACUUUGUCCUGUUAAAUCAAGCUUCAGCAUUCUUCAGCUUCAUGAAUUUAAGUUCAUGGAGCAGUCACGUUCCCCAUCUGUGUCACCUAGUAAGCAGCCUGCUUCAGCAAUUUCAACAACAGUAACAUUAUUUGAGCAGUACUGUAAUGGAGGAAACCCAUUUGAAAUUCAGGCUGACAGCAAAGAUGAUGAGACGGAAGACGUGUUGGCUUCCAAUGGGUAUGAAUCAGAUGAACAAGAGAAAAGUGCAUAUCAAGAGUAUGAUAGCGACAGUGAUGUUCCUGAAGAGCUGAAAAGAGAUUAUGUGGAUGAGCAGACAGGAGAUGCCCCUGUGAAAAGUGUUUCUCGAGAAACUCUGAGGAGCAGAAAGAGAUCAGAUUAUAAUCUUAAUAAAGUGAAUGCACCUAUCCUAACAAACACUACGCUGAAUGUAAUAAGGCUUGUUGGGAAAUACAUGCAGAUGAUGAAUAUUCUGAAACCAAUUGCUUUUGAUGUGAUCCACUUCAUGUCCCAGCUCUUCGAUUACUAUCUGUAUGCAGUCUAUACGUUUUUUGGCCGAAAUGACACGUUUGAAUCAACAGGACUGGGCCUCAGUAGCAGCAGAUUACGCACCACACUGAACAGAAUCCAGGAGAGUCUGAUUGAUCUGGAGGUCUCUGCGGAUCCCACGGGAACUCUCACAGCUGCUGAAGAGAGAAAGGAGAAGGUGCCAAGCCCACAUCUCAGUCAUCUCGUAGUUUUGAGUUCUGGCAAUUCACUGUACGGUUUGGCAGAGAGAGUGGUGGCCACGGAAUCACUGGUAUUUCUGGCUGAGCAGUUUGAGUUCCUUCAGCCUCAUCUUGAUGCGGUGAUGCCAGCUGCCAAGAAGCCUUUUCUUCAGCAGUUCUAUUCUCAGACAGUGUCAACUGCCAGUGAGCUACGUAAACCAGUUUAUUGGAUUGUUGCUGCUAAAGCCAUUGAUUAUGAACAAAUGCUACUUCUCAUGGCUAAUGUGAAAUGGGAUGUGAAGGAAAUCAUGUCACAACACAAUGUAUAUGUAGAUGCUCUUUUAAAGGAAUUUGAAGAAUUUAACAGAAGGUUGAACGAGGUGUCUAAGAGAGUCCGUAUUCCACUGCCAGUCUCCAACAUCCUAUGGGAGCACUGCAUACGUUUGGCCAAUAGAACUCUUGUGGAAGGUUAUGCCAAUGUAAAGAAGUGCAGCAAUGAAGGACGUGCCUUGAUGCAACUGGACUUUCAACAAUUCUUAAUGAAACUAGAAAAGUUAACAGACAUUAGGCCUAUUCCAGAUAAAGAAUUUGUGGAGACCUACAUUAAAGCAUACUACCUAACAGAAAAUGACAUGGAACGCUGGAUAAAAGAACAUAGGGAAUAUUCCACUAAGCAGUUGACCAAUCUGGUGAAUGUUUGUCUGGGAUCCCACAUCAACAAAAAGGCAAGACAGAAGCUGCUAGCUGCUAUUGAUGACAUAGACAGGCCUAAAAGAUAACUGGAGAAAGCUACUUUCCUUAUGACUUGUACCUUUUUUCUGUUCAUGUGAAGCAUGCAGACAAACCUCUCAUGUGACAACAUUCUCUUAAAAAACAUUGUGCAUGACCUUUAUUACCAGCACUGGAGACGCUCUGAAGUCGCAUAAUGUUCUAAAAUAAGGCUUUUCUAAUCCAUAGAAUUCUUUUCUGUUGUAUUUCUUCUUCUUGUUGGUUUUUUGGGGUUUUUUUUGGGGGGGGUGGGUUUUUUGUUGUGUUUUGUUUUGUUUUUCCUUGCCCUUAGUAAAGGGCCACUGAUUAUGUGUCAUUGGUGAGCUGUAUAUUUUGCAAAACUGUAUACUGUAAGUAAAAUCAAAAUCAGAGAGAAACACCUUGGCUUAAUAUAUAGUUGAUGCUCAUUUUUUAUGAAAGGGGUACUUGAAAAUAUAACUUCUUUCCUCCCUGCUUUCACCCUCAGAAAUUGUGCUUUAUCAUGGACCAGUGUAAAAUGGAAGGAAAUGUACAGUAUUUGAUCGAUGUAUCUUGCAUGUGGAUUAAGAAUGUAGAUCAACUAAAUACGCUCAUGUUAAAGCCUCUCAUCUUCACAUGUAUGUAAAAAUGUCUGUUUAUUUCAAGAUUAAUUUAGUCAUAUCUAAAUGAUUGUCUUCACAUUAAUAGAAAUAAUAAAUGCUGUACACUAAUGUGAUUUCUUUGUGAGACUUUAUUUUCCUGAUUCAACAGCGCAAAAUGUCAUUUACAGUAGAAAUUAGUACUGUUCCUUCAAUAUUGCUUCCCUUUUGUCCCUUUUCCAGUCUUCCCUGUUCCAAAGCAAUAAUGCCAGGGAACAGGAAUAAUGUUUUUUUGGCUGAAGUUUUGGAUUGAUGCUAAGAAAAUCUUACUAUUUCCUGCUCUGCUGUAGACACCCUGAGUGAUCCUGAGUAAAGCAAAAUUGCUUGGCUGCAUAUUAGUCCUAGAAAUCGAUUUGUCAGAGCAUCACUGACUCCACUGAAAUUUUCAGAUUUGCCUUUUGUUUUCAGUAUGUAAAGUUUUAGAUUUUUUAAAUUUAUUAUUAUUACAUAGUAAACUUUUUGCAAUGCUCUCUGAGGUAAAAUAAUUUUAAAAACCUACAAUCCACAUGUAUACAACAUAGUAAAUUCUCAGUUUCGGGUUCAUACUUGCCAUUGUACUGUUAACUCAAAUAUGGGAGAAUCAGGACUUACUGAACAACAGCAGCACCAAGUGACAGAAAAUUGCCCCAUGGAAUUGAAAUAAUUGCUCUUUUCUGUAGCUUAAUUUCCUCUUCAGAAGUGCACUGAGCAUCAUUGUGUGAGUUCGGUGAAAGCCUAUAUACAGUUUCAGAAGAAUGAUAGAAUUUACAUUUUUAAUAUUGACUCUGUAGUAUUCACCUCCCUUGUUCAUCUGUAUUUUAAAGGAAAUAACAUUUAAAAUAAUAUUUAACUCCAUUCUUUAUUGACCAUUUAAAACUUGUUUAGCAGCAUGUCAAUGUAUAUGUUGAUGCUGAAUCACUUUCACCCUCAUUAAAAAGGUGGUUCAGAAAAA